GCGUCACAGGGGAGCACAAACUCUCCUCCUUCCUUCUCCCAAGAGACUAUUCUCAAUUUUCUCCUCCCUUCUUCUGCGACAAUCAAUCACUCAGCUCAGACCUCUAAUGGCGAUUUCUCCCUCGUGAAUUUCUCAGAUCCACACGCUUUGAAACCCUGAUCACGAACCUCCGUAGAAAUGUCUUCUGACAGCGAUGACCUCGACGAGGAUGAGCUCCUCCAGAUCGCCCUGAAGGAGCAGGCCAAUCGGGAUCUCAGCUACCAGAAGCCCUCCGCCGCCGCCGGCCGUAAGCCGGUGGCGAAUUACGUCCAGCCGCCCCAGCAGAAGCCUGCGAGCAAAGCAAGCAGCUACAAUUCCAGCUCGGGCGCGGGGAACAGAGGUAAGGCCGGGAACAGGAACAGCAGAGUAAUGGACGACGACGACGAUUCGGAGGUGGAGAUGCUGAGCAUCUCCAGCGGGGACGAGGACUCGAGCAAGUACUCGCAGAAGACUAGCAGAGCCGGCGGUGCUGCGAGAGGUCCGAAAGAGGAUGAUAGAGCUUGGGAGGGUGGGGAGCCUGCUUUCUGGAAGCACGUGGACGAGUCUGAGCUUGCUCGCAGGGUCCGUGAGAUGAGAGAAACGAGGACAGCCCCUGCAGUACAAAAGUUGGAAAAGACUGCAUCAGCAAUGGGUCGAAAGGGGCUAAACAAUCUGACAUCCUUUCCUCGCGGAAUGGAGUGUAUUGAUCCACUGGGCUUGGGACAAUUUAAUUGUACUGACAGGAUAAUAGACCAGAGAUCCUUAAGAUUGAUCACUGAAUCCUCAGAAAGCUCUCCAACAAACCGCAACAAGGACCAAUUGGAUGGUAGUCUUCAUGAGAAAUUGAUGUAUUUCUCUGAAAAAUUUGAUGCGAAGCUGUUCCUCUCACGGGUACACCAAAGUACAAGUGCGGCAGACCUUGAAGCUGGUUCUCUUGCACUGAAAACUGAUUUUAAAGGACGAACUCAGCAGAGGAAACAGUUGGUCAAGGAUAAUUUUGACUGCUUUGUCUCGUGCAAGACCACAAUUGAUGAUAUUGAGUCAAAGCUGAGACGAAUUGAAGAAGAUCCCGAAGGUACCGGGACUACUCACUUGCAAAAGUGUAUUCAGGGAGUAAAUUCAUUGGCUAGUCGAGCCUUUGAACCUCUUUUUGAGAGACAGGCUCAAGCCGAGAAGAUCAGGUCCGUCCAAGGAAUGCUCCAGAGAUUCCGUACGCUAUUCAAUUUGCCCAGUACAAUACGUGGGAGCAUUAGUAAGGGCGAAUACGACUUAGCAGUUAGGGAGUACAAGAAAGCCAAGUCAAUAGCUCUCCCAUCCCAUGUGGGUAUACUGAAACGUGUCCUUGAAGAGGUGGAGAAAGUGAUGCAUGAGUUUAAAGGCACUCUUUACAAGUCUAUGGAAGAUCCUAAUAUAGACUUGACAGUACUCGAAAACACCGUGAGGUUAUUGUUGGAACUGGAGCCAGAGACUGAUCCUGUCUGGCAUUACUUGAGCAUUCAGAAUCAAAGAAUUCGAGGUUUGCUUGAGAAAUGCACCCUGGACCAUGAAGCGAGGAUGGAGAAUCUACAAAUUGAGUUACGUGAGAAGGCUCUAUUAGAGGCCAAGUGGAGGCAUAUUCAGCAAGAUUUGAAUCAAUUUCCAGAUGGAAUCUCUCAUCUGUCAGUAGAUUCACAACCAACAGAAUUAGCUGGUGAAGAAGUUGAUGCUCUCAGAGGGAAGUACAUCCGUCGGCUAACUGCUGUAAUUGUCAGUCACAUACCAGCUUUCUGGAAAGUAGCACUUUCUGUUUUCAGUGGGAAAUUCGCUAAGUCUUCCCAAGUUUCGGCUGAAACAAACAUUAACAACCCAGCUAGUAAAAGUGAAGAAAAGAUUGGAGAAGGGAAGUACUCUAGCCAUUCGCUUGAUGAAGUUGCAAGCAUGAUACGUCAAACCCUAUCUGCAUAUGAAGCUAAGGUGCACAGUACGUUUCGGGAUCUUGAAGAAUCUAAUAUUCUGCGACCCUACAUGAAUGAUUGCAUAAAGGAAAUAUCUAAAGCAUGUCAAGCUUUUGAAGUAAAAGAAUCAGCUCCAUCUGUUGCAGUUUCAGCACUGCGCAUACUUCAGUCUGAGGUGACUAAGAUUUAUAUACUAAGGCUGUGCUCAUGGAUGAGAUCAACAACCGAGGAGUUAUCUAAGGAAGAAACGUGGGUGCCCGUGUCUAUACUUGAACGGAAUAAGUCACCAUACUCAAUUUCAUAUAUGCCCUUGGUGUUCCAUUCAGUUAUAGUGUCAGCGAUGGAUCAAAUUAGUUCAAUGAUUCAAUCAAUAAAGGUUGAGGCACAGCGGUCAGAAGAUAUGUUUGUGCAACUUCGAGAAAUUCAAGAAUCUGUUAGACUUGCAUUUUUGAAUUGCUUCCUGGAUUUUGCAGGUUAUUUAGAGCGUAUUGGAAGUGAGCUUACCCAAAGCAAAUCCGGAAAAGAAAACUUAUACUUGCAAAAUGGAUAUGCAUAUGAGCCAGAAGAAAAAUUAUCAGCUGAGCUUCCUGGAAAUAUUGCGGAUCCCCAUCAGCAGUUGUUGAUAGUCCUAAGUAAUAUUGGAUAUUGCAAAGACGAACUUUCUCAUGAGUUAUAUCAGAGAUUCAAUCACAUCUGGCAACAAUCUGGGACAAAAGAUGAAGGAGACAGUGACAUACAGGACUUAGUCAUGUGUUUCUCUGGGCUUGAAGAGAAGGUUCUUGAACACUAUACUAUUGCAAAGGCCAACCUAAUUAGGACAGCUGCUGUUAACUAUCUGCUGGAUUCUGGAGUACAGUGGGGAUCUGCUCCUGCAGUCAAGGGCGUGCGAGAUGCAGCUGUGGAAUUAUUGCAUUCUCUAGUGGCUGUUCAUGCUGAGGUUUUUGCUGGGGCUAAGCCUCUAUUGGAUAAGACGCUCGGCAUUCUCGUAGAAGGUCUGAUUGAUACAUUCCUCAGUCUUUUCCAUGAGAACAAAAGUAAAGAUCUAAGGGCACUUGAUGCGAAUGGUUUUUGUCAGCUCAUGCUCGAGCUCGAGUAUUUUGAGAUCAUACUGAAACCAUAUUUUACGAGUGAGGCAAGGGAGUCCUUGAAGUCACUGCAAGGGGUGCUGCUGGAGAAAGCCACAGAGGGUGUGACUGAGGCCGUUGAGAAUCCUGGACAUGCUCGCCGUGCAACUCGUGGGAGUGAAGAGGCUCUUGCUGAUGAAAGACAGCAAGGAGGGAUGAGUGUGUCACCCGAUGACCUAAUAGCUUUUGCCCAGCAAUAUAGCUCCGAGUUGCUUCAGUCAGAGCUUGAGAGAACUCGUAUCAACACGGCAUGCUUUGUGGAGUCAACUCCAUUCGACACAAUGCCAGAACGUGCUAAGCCUGCUCACAUGUCCUUCAGGAGUGGAGCAUCCAUGGAUUCCCCCAGCAGGAAUUUCAGAGGCUCGCAGGCUUCUGCUUCACCGAGUUUCUCACGGCACAGGCGAAGAUGAAGUUCCAGGAUGCACGGGGUUGACAAUACGCAGUAUGCUGAGGCUGAGGAGGUUCGCUCUUAUCGAUUUUGGAUGGCCUUCAGUUUGUAGCUAUGCUUUCUUGGUUUUGACUUGGAUCGAUUGAGUUUUUGUUGUACGAGUUGAUUGAUGUCCUGAAAAGUUUCAUAUUCUUUACUUGGUAAUUAUAUGAUUUGUGAAUAUGAUUCCUUUUCCUGUUUUCCUUCUGGUGAACUUGUAAAGUAUGCAAAUAGAAUGACAUCGUUGUACUUCCAUAAAAUCUCUCCGAUGUCCAACAGGCAGGAAUAUCAUUUUAUUAAGAU